AAAAUGAAAAUAGACAAUCCACCUUAAGCCCCCUCUUAGGAGACUCCUUUAUAGGUCCCCUCACUCAUCUAAAUCUUCAACAAGAGACAAAACAAACACAAAUCUUAAAUGAGAAAAGCUAAAUCUAAAAGAAAAAACAGUUAAACAAAGACAAAACGUUCAGUUUUUGUUGUGAGUUAUGGUGGAAAAGGGCAUAAUCGACAUUCCUUAUUAAUCCUUUAUCUCUCUUACCUGCCUUUUUUUUCUCUUUAUGUUGUUGAUUCAAUCAGCACCCUGCAGUUUUCAUCGGCGACAGCAGCAACACCGGUGGUUUCUCGCUGAACCACCACCUUUCUAAUGCCGGAGUAGUACUUCUUGCUUUAACGGCCUUGGCCGGACUCGCAUUACCCGCCGCCGUUAUCUAAGUUAAAAAAAAAUUCAAAAAAUAACCGGCUGAGUUUUUCAAAGCGAAAAGGAAAUUACGUUAUCACAGUUUUUUAACGUCAAUCUCACUCAUUGAAAACCCUAGAAAUUUGUUGAAGAGUAUAGUGAUUUGUUUGUAAAUGAAAGCUCUCAAACGAAGUCAGACUCCAUCGUCUUCAAAUUCACCUUCACCUUCUUCAAAUUCACCAUCGUCGUCGACGGCGACGGCGACGGCGACGGCGGCGUCAUCAUCCUCCUGGAUUCAUUUGAGAUCAGUUCUAUUUGUCGUUGCGUCCUCCUCACCAGCUUACUGUGCUUCAUCUGAUCGAGGUCAUCUCAAAUCACCAUGGUCUCGUAGAAAGAGAAAACAUGUCCUUGCACCCCUGCGGUGGAGAAGCUUUUUUACCCCCGAUGGAAAGCUUCGUAAUGGAGGAGUUAAAUUUCUGAAGAAAGUUCGAAGUGGAGGAGUUGAUCCUAGCAUCAGGGCGGAGGUUUGGCCUUUUCUCCUCGGGGUCUAUGAAUUGGACAGUUCCAAAAAAGAAAGAGACACUGUAAGAAAAAAGAACAGAAAGGAAUAUGUGAUGCUUCGGAGGAAGUGCUGCCAACUACUGAGACACAAUAGUGAAACCUUUAAAAUGAAAGUGACGGGUGGAAUUGGAAACAAUGGAGACAGUGGAAAUCUCAUGGAAGGAAUGGAUUUUCCCGAUUAUGAAGAUGUCAGUGCCCUGGAAUCCCUCUCUAGUGGGGACCAGAGCCCAUUUGUUGAGGAUUCAGACAGUCACAGCAAUUUAAUGUUGGAUGAAUUUUCUAGUUCCAAACGAGCCAUGGAGCCAAAUGAUGUCUCUGACUCUGAGUCGUCAGAUUCUGAUUCCUCUGCAGAUCAUGAUGUGCAUCAUAGUUUUCUCUCUAUAAGAAGCAUGCAUGAUACAGCUGAAGUGCAUUCCAAGGAGGACUCUUCUCCUUCAAAGACAGAAGUCCAGCCACAGCCCUGCAAUGCAGAAGAUUUUGCUACAUGGCAACGAAUAAUUCGGGUUGAUGCAGUUCGUGCUAAUGAAGAAUGGAUAGCAUAUUCCACACCUCAGGCUGGAGUAGUAUCAGAUGGCCGGGCACACUGUUCUGCGCAGGCUGUUGGACUGAAGGACUAUGAUCACCUCGAGCCCUCAAGGAUCUUCCAUGCUGCUCGGUUAGUUGCCAUCCUUGAAGCCUAUGCGCUUUAUGACCCUGAAAUUGGCUAUUGCCAGGGAAUGAGUGAUUUGCUUUCACCAAUAAUUACUGUGAUGACAGAGGACCAUGAAGCUUUUUGGUGCUUCGUUGGUUUCAUGAGGAAGGCACGACAUAACUUCAGGCUUGAUGAGGUUGGAAUCAGGAGGCAACUAAAUAUUAUUUCUAAGAUUAUCAAACAUAAGGAUUCACAUCUCUAUAGGCACUUAGAGAAGCUUCAAGCAGAGGAUUGUUUUUUUGUGUACAGGAUGGUGGUAGUGCUCUUCAGGAGGGAAUUAACUUUUGAGCAAACACUCUGCCUAUGGGAGGUAAUGUGGGCAGACCAGGUCGCUAUUAGGGCUGGGAUUGGGAAGUCUGCAUGGAGUAGGAUUAGGCAGCGUGCUCCACCAACAGAUGAUCUUUUGCUUUAUGCAAUUGCAGCAUCUGUAUUACAGAGGAGGAAACAAAUCACUGAGAAGUAUAGUAGCAUGGAUGAAAUUUUAAGGGAGUGCAAUAACAUGGCUGGUCAUCUUGAUGUAUGGAAGCUACUAGAUGAUGCCCAUGAUUUGGUGGUGACUCUCCAUGACAAGAUAUAGACACCUUUCGUAUAGUGCCUUCCAAAAUUUUAUACCACUUAUUUAUUCUCUUUGCUAAAUUUCAGCAUUAGUGAGUCGGUGCUUUUCAAGUCUUCAUGUUUUUGUGGUGAGGAAGAACUUUCUACCUGACAAGUGAAAACAUUGCUGCUGCUGCUCUUUUUGGGUCAGAGAUCGGGGUUAUCUAUUACUCGCAGCUCUGCCGAGUACAGGCACUGCUAUUUGCUCGAUUUCAGUGUAGCCAUUAUUAGAAAGCCUGUGUUCCAGACUGUUCUACCAUAUGCUCAAAUAUAUAUAUCUUUAAAGUUCUCAUUUUUAAUGCUUAUAGAGUUAUAGUUAUAGGGUCUAUUUAAUACUGUAGUAGGAAAACUUAUUCGAAGUGGAUAUCUUGUACCCAUUGCCCAACUUGCUUGGGAUCAAGAAGUGGGGUGUUGGGUUGGGAGUCGUGUGGGCAAGCAUGAGCUAGAUUAGUUAUAUAUUUAAGUAUCCGAUGUUGGUCAUGAGCGCCUUACAAUUGUGUAUUUACACUGUUUGUGAUUCUUUUAGCAGUUGAGAUGUGGAAUGGUUGGUGUUUGGUUUUUGA